CCAUAUUGGGAUGCAGCGCACGGAUGGCCCAACCCGGAAACGAGAGAAAGGUCUAUGACUGCGGCAAGAUUAUCGAGAUUCAAUGUUGAAAGCGCAUUGGAAGUUGUUCAUCUUUACCGUAGACAUACACGGAGGUUAGUGGAAAGCAGGUUCCCAGUUGCAUGUGACGGUCACUUGUUAUCCAGACCAAGAGGAGUAGCGGCCUGUCCACACCGACACAGCCCAGUCCUAUUCUAUUCAACUACAGGCUCCAGUAUGAGUAGUAAGAAGCUGCUGGUGGAUGUGGACUGUGGGGUGGAUGAUGCUCAGGCUAUCAUGAUGGCUCUGGCCACCCCUAAUGUAGAGGUCCUGGGCAUCACCUGUGUCCAUGGCAACACCAAUGUGGAGAACGUGUGCAAGAACACGCUGCGGGUGCUCCAAGCCUGCAACAGACUGGAGAUCCCGGUAUUCCGUGGUGCUGCCAAGCCUAUCCUGGGGAAUGUGAUCAGUGCGGGAAACUUCCAUGGCCAGGACGGGCUGGGGGAUGCUCCAGACCCAAACGCUCCGGGGCUGGACAUGCUGCAGAUGGAAGGAGCGGUAUCCGCACUGAUCCGGAUAGUCAAUGAAAACCCUGGAGAGGUAUCUCUGGUGGCCACGGCUCCCCUCACCAACCUAGCUCUGGCUGUAAGAAUGGAGCCAUCCUUCCCCAGCAAACUUAAAGACCUUUACAUCAUGGGAGGCAACACAGAGUCCAGAGGAAACACCACAGUGUGUGCAGAGUUUAACUUCGCUGCCGACCCGGAAGCAGCUUACAUCGUACUGAAUGACUUCCUGUGUCCCACUUACAUAGCCAGCUGGGAGUUCACCUGCUACAGCAAGCUGCCCUGGUCGUGGUGUGAUGACUGGCUGGCCCAGGAGUCAGAGAAGGCUCGCUUCAUGGCCCGGAUCUUCCGCCACAGUAUGGAAGAGUCGAACAGCGAGCGCUCCCAGGCGGAGAUGGUUGACGGCAUGGGCUUUGUGUCAUGUGACUCCUACGCCAUGGCGGCAGCCAUCGACAACACCUUUGUCACCGAGAGCGACCACAUGGCAGUGAGCGUGGAGCUGACGGGCACACACACGCGUGGCAUGAUGAUCCUGGACACACUGGGCAUGCUGAAGAAGACUCACAAGGCCUUCGUCAUGAAGAAGGUGAACAUGGUGAGGUUUGAGCAGAUGAUGAUGGACGCUCUGAAGUAAUCUCUAGGUCUGCUACAGCUAACCACUAGACUGUAGAAGUAAACAAACAACUACGAGAAUGCUCUAUGGGACCGUAACCAGGGAAAAGUGACAACUCCAACCUCAUCCAGUCACCCAAGAUCGUGGACGUCAAGGCAGCCCUCAACACCUCUCUGAUUGAGGGGUUGGGUUAGAUGUGGAAGACACAUUUCGGUUAAAUGCAUUCAGUUGUGCAACUCUUUUCCCUUUUACUAUAUUGUCAGCUCACGCUGAUGUCAAGAAUCAUGCCUUGUCAUUUAGAUAAACAUUUUUAAAUAAAUCAAUUGAAUUACAACUCA